AUGGCGACGGCUGCCACCACCACCACCUCCCCCUCCUCUUCCUCCUCCCCGUCGUCUUCAUCAUCGGCAAACAGCAGUGCCCGGGAGCACCUGCUGGCGGUGCGUCGGCGCACGCCGCACACUAGGCCAUACACAAUCGGGCCCGACAACCUUUGCAGCCUGUCGGUGCAGGGCGCAGUUGUGGCCUCCACCUCUGGCUCCUCCUCCUCCUCUAUGUCGUCAGGGGUCCAGCCAGAAGCGGCGGGUUUGGGCCUCCAGCGGGCCAACAGUGACACGGACCUGGUGACGUCAGACAGUCGCUCAUCACUCACGGCGUCUACUCACCAGCUGACUCUAGGUCAUGGCCACCUGGUCAUUUCCUGGGACAUCAAGGAGGAAGUAGAUGCCACUGACUGGAUUGGCCUGUACCACAUUGAUGAGACAUGUGUGGCCAAUGUCUGGGACUCCAAGAACCGCGGAGUGAACGGCACCCAGAGAGGACAGAUUGUGUGGAGACUGGAGCCGGGACCCUACUUCAUGGAGCCUGAGACGAAGAUCUGCUUUAAAUACUAUCAUGGUGUGAGUGGGGCGUUAAGAGCAACAACACCUUGUAUCACUGUCAAGAACCCUGGAGUGCCGGUGGGCAGUGAAGGCCAAGUGGACGACCAAUCAGGGGCUGAGCACUGCCGGAAACUUGUUAGCUUCACCCUAUCAGACAUCCGGGCAGUGGGCCUGAAGAAGGGCAUGUUCUUCAACCCAGACCCCUACCUGAAGAUGUCCAUCAAGCCUGGGAAGAGGAGUGGACUUCCCAAGUUCACCCACCACGGCCAGGAGAGACGAUCCUCCAUCAUAGCUAACACCAUCAACCCUGUGUGGCACGGGGAGAAGUACACCUUUGUGGCUCUGUUGACCGACGUGUUGGAGAUUGAAGUAAAAGAUAAGUUCGCCAAGAGCCGACCAAUCAUCAAGCGGUUUCUGGGUCAACUGAUCAUCCCUGUGCAGAGACUUCUGGAGGGGCCGACAGAUGAUGAUCAGCCAGUCAGCUACAGUCUGUGUCGUCGUCUUCCUACUGACCAUGUGAGCGGGCAGCUUCUGUUCAGAGUGGACAUCACCUCCAAUGGACAUGAGGAAGCCUCCCCUGAUGCAGUGGGAACCAUCUUGGGCAGCGCAGUGAACGGCGACCCCGGCAGUCCUUCUGACGAUGAAGACCUCCCUCACCCGUCCUCGUCCUCACGCGUCACAUGUGGACCUUCUCCCACGGGCUCUGACGAGGGCUCCCUGGUCGUCAACGGUACUUGUUACUAUGUGGAUGACAGUGUGUGGCGGGAGCCCGGGCGGAUGGGAGAGGACAAUCUGCUUCCUGUGGCUCUGGGAGGCCACACCCACCGGCAGGUGUCACUCAAUGACUACCUGGAUGCUAUUGAGGCUCCCAGGAGCCCUGGGGACCCACAUCUGGCGGGGCCUUCUCCCAAACUCCGGUCUAGCUUUCCAACGGACACACGGCUCAAUGCCAUGCUGCACAUAGACUCAGAUGAGGAUGAGGAGACACACAGGGACCAAUCACAGCAGAGCACAGACUUGUCCUCAUCAAGGAGGUCAGCUAUAUCUGAAUCUGAGCAGGGGAAUGAGGCCUCAAACGGAGCUGGGGCUGCAGCUGGGGCUACGGCUGGGGCUACAGCUGGGGCUACGGCUGGGGCUGCAGCUGGGGCUACGGCUGGGGCUGCAGCUGGGGCUAUGGCUGGGGCUGCAGCUGGGGCUGGGGCUGCAGCUGGGGCUGCAGCUGGGACUGCUGGAGCUGCAGCUGCUGGAGCUGCAGCUACUGGGGCUGCAGCUGGGGCGUCAGGGGCUGAGGUGGCUGCGGUCUCUGACCCAGGGGCGUCUGUGAGGGACUGUAGUUGUCAGGAGCAGAGCAGCAGGACAGCUGUAAACCAGGACCUGCCCUGCAGUCCUCAACUUGGUCUACUGUCACUCAUCCAGGAGGUGGAGGCAGAAAAAGAAGUGGCUCCAAAGGCAGAGGAGGAGGGGGCGGAGUCAUCGAGCAGCGAGGCGAACGGGCCAAUAGCAGCAGCUGGUCCUACUAGCAGCAACAAAGCUGAACAAGGAGAAGGAGCUUCUGCAGCUGGAGCUCAGGCCAGUGGCUGGGACAGGCAGGAGGAGCAGGAAGAGGAGGGAGGGGAGGUGUGGAGAAGGAGGAGGUCCGUGCAGUCCUCCGCGGGCGUGACCCAGAACCAGGAAGUGUGCAGGGCCAGAGAGAGUCAGAGUGGGACAGUGGGGGAGAGAGAGACAGACUGGGAAGCUCGUAUCGACAGCCACGGCCGCAUCUUCUAUGUGGACCACGUCAAUAGAACCACGACGUGGCAGCGUCCCACCGCUCCCCCCGCCCCGCAGACCCUGCAGAGGUCCAACUCCAUUCAGCAGAUGGAGCAGCUGAACCGCAGGUAUCAGAGUAUACGCAGGACGAUAACCAAUGACAACAGACCAGAGGAGCAGCCAGCCAAUGAGCUGCUGGCAGACGAGACUGACAUGCACCCCUCCAUACCAGAGCUGCGUAGGGACAACAGUGUGGCUCAGUCCAGUUCCAGGUCUCGCCUCACUCUGCUGCUUCAGUCUCCCAGCGCCAAGUUCCUCACCAGCCCUGACUUCUUCACUGUGCUGCAUUCCAACCCUAGUGCCUACCGUAUGUUCACCACCAACACAUGUCUGAAGCAUAUGAUCAGUAAGGUUCGUCGGGAUGCUCACCACUUCGAGCGCUACCAGCACAACAGGGACCUGGUGGCCUUCCUCAACAUGUUCGCCAACAAACAGCUGGAGCUUCCCAGAGGCUGGGAGAUGAAGCAUGACCACACCGGCAAGCCUUUCUUUGUGGACCAUAACUGCCGUGCCACCACCUUCAUCGACCCCCGGCUGCCUCUGCAGAGCUCUCGACCCCCGAGCGUCCUGGCUCAUCGCCAACACCUGACCCGCCAACGCAGCCACAGUGCCGGGGAGGUCAGCCCACGACGACUGGUGGGUGAAGACACCCGUCACGCCGGCCCACCUGUCGUGCCUCGGCCUUCCAGCACCUUCACCUCUGCCAAUAGGGGGCAGUGCCAAGACAUUGUGCCAGUGGCUUACAACGACAAGAUUGUGGCGUUUCUUCGACAACCCAACAUCUUUGAGAUUUUGCAGGAGAGACAGCCCGACAUCAGCCGCAACCAUUCACUCAGGGAGAAGGUGCAACUGAUCCGAACAGAUGGAGUGUCGGGAUUGGCCAGGCUGUCAGGAGAUGCUGACCUUGUCAUGCUGCUAAGUCUGUUUGAAGAUGAAGUCAUGUCUUAUGUGCCUCCUCAUGCCUUACUUCACCCCAGCUACUGUCAGUCACCUCGGGGAUCCCCUGUCUCGUCCCCACAGAACUCACCUGGUACUCAGAGAGCUAACGCCAGAGCUCCAGCUCCCUACAAGAGAGACUUUGAAGCCAAACUCCGCAACUUCUACAGGAAACUUGAAACUAAAGGUUACGGCCAAGGACCGGGCAAAUUAAAGUUGAUCAUCCGGCGUGACCAUCUGCUGGAAGACGCCUUCAACCAGAUCAUGUGUUACUCCCGUAAAGACCUGCAGCGCAGCAAGCUCUAUGUCAGCUUUGUUGGGGAGGAGGGGUUGGACUACAGCGGGCCUUCCAGAGAGUUCUUUUUCUUGGUAUCCAGGGAGCUGUUCAACCCUUAUUAUGGUCUGUUCGAAUACUCUGCCAACGACACGUACACCGUUCAGAUCAGCCCCAUGUCCGCCUUUGUAGACAAUCACCACGAAUGGUUUCGGUUCAGUGGUCGUAUUCUGGGUCUGGCUCUGAUCCAUCAAUACCUGCUGGAUGCCUUCUUCACCAGACCUUUCUAUAAAGGCCUGCUGCGCAUUCCAUGUGACCUGAGUGAUCUGGAGUAUCUGGAUGAGGAGUUUCACCAGUCCCUUCAGUGGACGAAGGACAACGACAUCGAAGACAUGCUGGACCUCACCUUCACUGUCAAUGAGGAAGUCUUCGGACAGAUAACAGAGAGAGAGCUGAAGCCCGGUGGAGCCAACAUUCCUGUGUCAGAGAAGAACAAGAAGGAAUAUAUAGAGCGGAUGGUGAAGUGGAGAAUAGAGAGAGGAGUGGUGCAGCAGACUGAGAGCCUGGUCAGAGGCUUCUAUGAGGUGGUGGAUGCCAGGCUGGUGUCAGUGUUUGAUGCCAGGGAGCUGGAGCUAGUGAUCGCCGGCACUGCUGAGAUCGACUUAUCAGACUGGAGGAACAACACAGAGUACAGAGGAGGUUACCACGACAACCAUAUAGUUAUCCGGUGGUUCUGGGUGGCAGUGGAGAGGUUCAACAAUGAACAGAGACUGCGGCUUCUGCAGUUUGUGACGGGGACGUCCAGUAUUCCUUAUGAGGGCUUCGCUUCUCUGCGUGGCAGCAACGGACCUCGCAGAUUCUGUGUGGAGAAGUGGGGGAAGGUCACCUCACUGCCCAGAGCUCACACCUGUUUCAACCGGCUGGACCUGCCGCCGUACCCUUCCUUUUCAAUGCUGUAUGAGAAGAUGCUGACCGCUGUGGAGGAGACCAGUACCUUCGGACUGGAAUGAACCCACCUCCCCAGUGGUGAAUAACAACUGGAAGGCUUCGACAUCUGGAUUUAAAGUUUGUUUAAUUAAUUAUAUUUUCUAAGACAUUUGAAGCAUAAGGCUGCACUCUGGCCUUCUCUUGUUGCACCUGCAUGUAUCUCGCGCCUACUUAGUAACACAUGCUUUCACCUGUGUGAUGUGACGGAUAAUGACCCACGCUGCCUUCGGGACUGGGAUUGUUAACUGCCAGGAUUUGACCAAAUCAGAGACCAGGAUGUCCUUUUUUUUUUUUUUUCACUUCCUCUUUGAUACCGUGUACAAAUGUACAAAUCACCAGAAGCAACCACUGCCUUCACUGCAGAAGCCGAGUGGAUUCAGCCUUUUACUCUCGUCUUGAUGGACCUUGAAGGAUCAUAAGGCCUGUCCAGAACUGUGAGCUUCAGUGAUGCACUUGUAGUACAGCGUCCUCUGUUGGCUCGUUGUAGGAACUGCACUCUUGUAGAUGGUGCUUUGAGGCAGUUACCUGCCUGAGGUAUCUUUUGGUAAAGUUUGUCCAGUGAACUUUUCCCACAGUUGAUUUUGGAGUCCAAACAGAAGCUUUGGUAUCGUUGUUACAGUAUUUUCAUCUACAAGAAAAAAGUGAUUUUCUAAUGAUGUGGCAGUGACAUGUUGUGAUUUGAAUGUAACUAACUUUAUGUGGGGAGUGAUUUUUAUACCAGAUCUGGAUCAACUGGCAAAAACAUAUAGCCUCCUCAGCUGAUGAUUAAAUUAAAGGUACCACUUCACAAUGAGAUGACCCUUA